UCGCCGCACACCUUCCUUCUCCCUGGGUUGCCAGGGGGCUCACCUCCAUGUGUUUCCUCCUGGGCUGGCGGGCUGCGAUCCGGGAUAAGAACAUUUUGGGGGAUCGGAGAUCUGAGAAACCCGGCUUGGCCUCCCUCUAGGGUCCCGCAGCCCCCUCCUGGUAAUUGGAGCCUUGUGAUCUCCGGUGAGGUCCCGACCUCAGAGGGCAGGUGGGGUAGGUGCGUGUGCAGAGAGGUGCGGAGGUGCUGGCGACUUUACCGGCUUCGACCACCAGGGGGCGCUGCGCCCGCGGCCCAUGGGUGUGUGUCUCUAUCGCGUCUCCAGGCCCUAACUGGCGGUGGGAACGCCCUAGGGCCAGGGCAUGCCAGGCAAAGGUGGCCCGAGAUAAGCUCCCAUCCUCAAGGUGAUGGGGCGGACAGUCUGGGGCACCUCUGCCCAAGUUGCACACUGGAAGGAGCCGCCAAUGACUUAGAAGUCAUUCUUUCGUUUUGCAAAUGGGUAAAUGGAGGUCGUGACAUAAGCAGCAACUGCAAACCCUUGGCAGAACCUGGAAUGGAACCCAGCUCUGUCGACUUCAUCAAAAUUUUCAAGUAAAGCCAAAAGUCUGUGAGCCCCUGGCACCUCCAGCCAGAGACAAUGAAGGAUAUCGACAUAGGGAAAGAGUACAUCAUUCCCAGUCCUGGCUACAGAAGUUCCAGAGAGAGAACCAGCACUCCGGGGCAGCACAGGGACGGUGGGAACUCCCGAUACAAGAGAACUCGGCCGCUGGAAUGCCAAGAUGCCUUGGAAACAGCAGCCCGAGCCGAGGGCCUUUCCAUGGAUGUCUCUGUGCAUUCUCAGCUCAGAAUCCUGGAUGAGGACCAUCCCAAGGGAAAGUACCAUCAUAGCUUAAGUGCUCUGAAGCCUAUCCGGAACACUUCCAAACACCAGCACCCAGUGGACAAUGCUGGGCUCUUCUCCUGUAUGACUUUUUCUUGGCUGUCUCCUCUGGCCCGCAUGGCCCACAGGAAAGGGGAGCUCUCGAUGGAUGACGUGUGGUCUUUGUCCAAGUACGAGUCUUCUGAUGUGAACUGCAGAAGACUAGAGAGACUGUGGCAAGAAGAGCUGACUGAAGUUGGGCCAGACGCUGCUUCCCUGCGAAGGGUUGUGUGGAUCUUCUGCCGCACCAGGCUCAUCCUCUCCAUCGUGUGCCUGAUGAUCACACAGCUGGCUGGCUUCAGUGGACCAGCCUUCGUGGUGAAGCACCUCUUGGAGUACGCCCAGGUCGCAGACUCCAACCUCAAGUACAGCUUGCUGUUGGUCCUGGGCCUCCUCCUGACAGAGAUCGUGCGCUCUUGGUCACUUGCACUGACUUGGGCAUUGAAUUACCGAACCGGUGUCCGCUUGCGGGGGGCCAUCCUAACCAUGGCAUUUAAGAAGAUCCUUAAGUUGAAAAACAUUAAAGAGAAGUCCAUGGGUGAGCUCAUAAACUUGUGCUCCAAUGACGGGCAGAGGAUGUUUGAGGCAGCUGCUGUUGGCAGCUUGUUGGCUGGAGGACCCGUUGUUGCCAUCUUGGGCAUGAUUUAUAAUGUAAUUAUUCUGGGACCUACAGGCUUCCUGGGAUCAGCUGUUUUUAUCCUCUUUUAUCCAGCAAUGAUGUUUGCAUCACGGAUCACUGCCUAUUUCAGGAGAAAAUGUGUGGCCACAACAGAUGACCGUGUCCAAAAGAUGAGUGAAGUCGUCACCUACAUUAAAUUUAUUAAAAUGUAUGCCUGGGUCAAGGCAUUUUCUCAGAUUGUUCAAAAGAUCCGAGAGGAGGAGCACAGGAUAUUGGAGAAAGCAGGGUACUUUCAGAGCAUCACGGUCGGCGUGGCUCCUAUUGUGAUGGUUAUUGCCAGCGUGGUGACCUUCUCUGUUCACAUGAACCUUGGCUUCGAUCUGACGGCUGCACAGGCUUUCACAGUGGUAACUGUCUUCAACUCCAUGACUUUUGCUUUGAAAGUAACACCGUUCUCAGUAAAAUCCCUCUCUGAAGCAUCAGUUGCUGUUGACAGAUUUAAGAGUUUGUUUCUAAUGGAAGAGGUUCACAUGAUAAAGAAAAAACCAGCCAGUCCUCACAUCACGAUAGAGGUGAAAAAUGCCACCUUGGCAUGGGACUCCUCCCACUCCAGUAUCCAGAAUUCGCCCAAGCUGACCCCCAAAAUGAAAAAAGACAAGAGGGCUGCCAGGGGCAAGAAAGAGAAGGCAAGGCAGCUGCAGCACACUGAGCAUCAGGAGGUGCUGGCAGAGCAGAAGGGCCACCUCCUCCUGGACAGUGAAGAGCGGCCCAGCCCCGAGGAAGAGGAGGGCAAGCACAUCCACUUGGGGAGCCUCCGCUUGCAGAGGACACUGUACAACAUCGACUUGGAAAUUGGAGAGGGGAAACUGGUUGGAAUCUGUGGCAGCGUAGGAAGUGGAAAAACCUCUCUCAUUUCAGCCAUUUUAGGCCAGAUGACACUUCUAGAGGGCAGCAUUGCAGUCAAUGGAACCUUCGCUUAUGUGGCCCAGCAGGCUUGGAUCCUCAAUGCCACUCUGAGAGAUAACAUCCUCUUUGGGAAGGAAUUUGAUGAAGAAAGAUACAACUCUGUGCUGAACAGCUGCUGCCUGAGGCCUGACCUGGCCAUUCUUCCCAACAGUGACCUGACUGAGAUUGGUGAGCGAGGAGCCAACCUGAGUGGUGGGCAGCGCCAAAGAAUCAGCCUUGCGCGAGCCUUGUACAGUGACCGGGACAUCUACAUCUUGGAUGACCCCCUCAGUGCCUUAGAUGCCCAUGUGGGCAACCACAUCUUCAGCAGUGCUAUCCAGAAGCACCUCAAGUCCAAAACAGUUCUGUUUGUCACCCACCAGUUACAGUACCUGGCUGAUUGUGAUGAAGUGAUAUUCAUGAAAGAAGGCUGCAUUACAGAAAGAGGCACCCAUGAAGAACUGAUGAAUCUAAAUGGGGAUUAUGCUACCAUUUUCAAUAACCUGUUGCUAGGAGAGACACCCCCAGUUGAGGUCUUUAGGGAUGUUGACCUGAAACAAAAACAAUCGGUUAUUCCAACAACAAAAUGGUUUUCUUCAGAAACAAAUGACAGAAGAGAGGGCACAUCUGAGAGUGUGUUCAUGAUUAAUUCAAAAAAAGAAACCAGUAGUUCACAGAAGAAAUCACAAGACAAAGGUCCUAAAACGGGGUCUGUCAAGAAGGAGAAAGUACCAAAGCCAGAGGAAGGGCAGCUGGUGCAGCUGGAAGAGAAGGGGCAGGGCUCAGUGCCCUGGUCGGUAUAUGGUGUCUACAUCCAGGCUGCGGGGGGCCCCUUGGCAUUCCUGUUCAUUCUGUCCCUUUUCAUGUUAAAUGUGGGCAGCACCGCCUUCAGCACCUGGUGGUUGAGUUACUGGAUCAAGCAAGGAAGUGGGAAUACCACAGUGAUUCACGGGAACAAGACCUCUGUGAGCAGCAGCAUGAAGGACAACCCUUUCAUGCAGUACUAUGUCAGCAUCUACGCCCUCUCCAUGGUAGUCAUGCUGAUCCUGAAAGCCAUUCGAGGUGUUGUUUUUGUCAAGGGCACACUGCGAGCCUCCUCCCAGCUCCAUGAUGAGCUCUUCCGAAGGAUCCUGCGAAGCCCUAUGAAGUUUUUCGACACUACCCCCACAGGGAGGAUUCUGAACAGGUUUUCCAAAGACAUGGAUGAAGUUGAUGUGCGCCUGCCUUUCCAGGCUGAAAUGUUCAUCCAAAAUGUUUUCCUGGUCUUCUUCUGUGUUGGAAUGAUCGCUGGAGUUUUCCCAUGGUUCCUGGUGGCGGUGGGGCCCCUCAUCAUCCUCUUUUCAGUUCUUCACAUUGUCUCCAGGGUCCUGAUUCGAGAGCUAAAGCGACUGGAUAAUAUCACGCAGUCCCCUUUCCUCUCCCACAUCACGUCCAGCAUACAGGGCCUGGCCACCAUCCACGCCUACAACAAAGGGCAGGACUUUCUGCACAGGUACCAGGAACUACUGGAUAACAACCAAGGUCCUUUCUUCUUGUUUACCUGUGCGAUGCGGUGGCUGGCUGUGCGCCUGGACCUCAUCAGCAUUGCCCUGAUCACCACUACUGGGCUGAUGAUUGUUCUCAUGCACGGGCAGAUCCCCCCAGCCUACUCGGGCCUUGCCAUCUCAUAUGCUGUCCAGUUAACGGGGCUCUUCCAGUUUACUGUCAGACUGGCAUCUGAGACAGAAGCUCGCUUCACCUCCGUGGAGAGGAUCAACCACUAUAUCAAGACUCUCUCUUUGGAAGCACCUGCCAGGAUUAAGAACAAGGCUCCCUCCCCUGACUGGCCCCAGCAAGGAGAGGUGACUUUUGAGAAUGCAGAGAUGAGGUACCAAGAAAAUCUCCCUCUGGUCCUGAAGAAAGUGUCCUUUACCAUCAAGCCUAAGGAGAAGAUUGGAAUUGUGGGGCGGACAGGAUCAGGGAAAUCCUCUCUGGGGAUGGCCCUCUUCCGUCUGGUGGAGUUAUGUGGAGGCUGCAUCAAGAUCGAUGGGGUGAGAAUCAGCGACAUUGGCCUUGCUGACCUCCGAAGCAAACUCUCCAUCAUUCCUCAAGAGCCAGUGCUAUUCAGUGGCACUGUCAGAUCAAAUUUGGAUCCUUUCAACCAGUACAGAGAAGACCAGAUUUGGGAUGCCCUAGAAAGGACACACAUGAAAGAAUGUAUUGCUCAGCUACCUCUGAAACUUGAAUCUGAAGUGAUGGAGAAUGGGGAUAACUUCUCAGUGGGGGAACGGCAGCUCUUGUGCAUAGCGAGAGCCUUGCUCCGUCACUGUAAGAUUCUGAUUCUAGACGAAGCUACAGCUGCCAUGGACACAGAGACAGACUUACUGAUCCAAGAGACCAUCCGAGAAGCGUUUGCCGACUGCACCAUGCUCACAAUUGCCCAUCGCCUACAUACUGUCCUAGGCUCCGAUAGGAUUAUGGUGCUGGCCCAGGGACAGGUGGUGGAGUUUGACACCCCAUCCGUCCUUCUGUCCAACGACAGCUCCCGGUUCUAUGCCAUGUUUGCUGCUUCAGAGAACAAGGUCGCUGUCAAGGGCUAACUCCUCCCCGCCGCCCAGGUCUUUUCUUUGGAGCAUCGCCAUUCCCUGCCUGGGGCAGGCCCUCGCCCUGUCCUCCUGCCGAAACCUUGCCUUUCCCAACUUUAUCUUUCGCACAGCAGUUCAGGAUUGGCUUGUGUGUUUCACUUUUAGGGAGAGUCAUAUUUUGAUUAUUGUAUUUAUUCCAUAUUCAUGUAAACAAAAUUUAGUUUUUGUCCUUAAUUGCACUCUCAAAGGUUCAGGGAACCGUUAUUAUAAAUGUAUCAGAGGCCUAUAAUGAAGCUUUAUACGUGUAGCUCUAUAUAUAAUUCUGUACAUAGCCUAUAUUUACAGUGAAAAUGUAAGCCGUUUAUUUUAUAUUAAAAUCAGCACUGCGCUAAUAACAGUGCAAAUUCCUUUCUAUCAUUUUUGUACAGUUUGCUGUACUAGAGAUCUGGUUUUGCUAUUAGACUGUAGAAAGGGUAGCUUAUUGUCCUCUAGCUGGUUGUUUCACGGUGCCAGGUUUUCUGGAUGUCCAAAAGGAAGACUUGUGGCAAUAGUGGGCCCUCCUCGGCCCCCUCUGCCGAGUCUCCACAGCCGCUCCCGGGCAGUGGGGUCGGGUGCCCCGGAGGCCACGCGGAGCGCCGUGAAUUCUCAGGGCUCCUGCCUUCUGUCCUGUUGUCACUUCACUGUUUCUGUCAGGAGAAUAGUGGGGCCGAGCCCCAGCCCCCUGUCCACUCCCUCCGUCAGGAAUGAGAAUCUCAGAACCAUUCCUUGGCUGGGAGGAGUUUCUUUCCUGCCUUCUUUCUCUUUUUUGCUGUUGUUUAUAAACAAGAAUCAAGUCUAUUCACAGAGUGUCCCACUGCCUCAGGUUCCUAACGCUGGCCACUGCACCGAGCUCUCCAGCUCCUAAACUGUGGGUUCCGCGUCCUGGAGCCAGCUGCUGCUUCUUCUGGUGGUACUUUCUCGUUGGCCUGGCCCCACACCUCCACAGUUCAGUGACAGGGCUCAGGACUUCGUGGAUCUCUUCUCCCUUCUCACUGCAAUGUCGCACAGUCUCUUCCUCUCUCCAAAGUCUGCAACUUUUAGCAGCUCUUGCUAAUCAGUGUCUCACACUGGUGUAGAAGUUUUUUUUUGUACUGUAAAGAGACCUACCUCAGGUUGCUGAUCGCCGUGUGGUUCAGUGUGUUCCCGCAAACCCCCUUUGUGCUGUGGGGCCAGUAGCUCAGGUGGGCGUGGUCGCUGCUGUCAUCAGUCGAAUGGUCAGCGUUGCAUGUCGUGACCAACUAGACAUUCUGUCGCCUUAGCAUGUUUGCUGAACACCUUGUGGAAGCAAAACUCUGAAAAAGUGAAUAAAAUUAUUUUGGAUUUUGUAAAA